GCCGGGGAAGCGCGCCUUUUGGAGGAGACCGGAAGUGAAGUGGCUGAGAGGUACCAGAAAUGGAGAAAAAAGUAAGCAGGAUCCGUUUUGCUUCUGAACCCAACAUCACUCAUUUUCUACAAGUCACUUGGGAGAAAACACUAGGAUCUGGUUUUCUCAUUACACUCACUGAUGGCCAGUCAGUUUGGACUGGGACAGUUUCUGAAUCACAGAUUUCCCAAGAAGCUGAGGACAUGGCAAUGGAAAAAGAGAAAUAUGUUGAUGAAUUGAGAAAAGCACUGGUGUCACAACCAGGACCAGCUGACACAUACAAGUUCAAUUUUUCUAAAGAGCUUUGCAAUUUCUCCUUUGAGAAAAACCUUAAAGAUGUUUCAUUCAGACUUGGUUCCUUUGACGUAGAAAAAGUUGCAAGCCCAGCUGAUGUCAUUAGAGGACUUAUUUGUGAUUGCCUGGACACCAUCGCAGAAAAUCAAGCCAAAAAUGAGCACCUGCAGAAAGAAAAUGAAAGGCUUCUGAGAGAUUGGAAUGACGUUCAAAGUCGAUUUGAAAAAUGUGUGAAUGCUAAGGAAACUGUGGAGAAUGAUCUUUAUACACGAUUUAUUCUUGUACUAAAUGAGAAGAAAGCCAAAAUCAGAAGCUUACAUAAAUUGUUAAAUGAAAUUCAAGAACUAGAAAAAAACAUCGAACAUAAAAGGGAAACUGCUACAGGUGGUCAGAUGAAUGCAGACAUGGAAGCAAUUUAUGAUGAAAGUACUGAUGAGGAAAUAGAAAACGUGCCUGAUUCCUCUAUGUUGACUUCAGCUAAAAGUGAUGAUUCCGUUAUUUUUAGUCCUGAUAUUACUGAUAUUGCACCAAGUAGAAAAAGGAGGUAUCGGAUGCAUGAAAAUCUUGGAAUAGAACCAAACGUUGCUUCUCAGGAACAACAACUUCAAGAAAAAGAAAAACAUUCUGGCUUCCUGCUCCUGGAUCAUUCCUCAUUGCUCAUGCCAUUGAUUGAACCUUGGUCAGCUACAUGUAAGGCUUGAUACUCCACUACCUGAGACAUUGGAAAAGCACAGCUCGGAUGAAAACCUGUCUUUAGAAACUCUAAAAAACACCAGUUCAGAAGACCUCUUUGAUGAGAUUUAACUGUCUCAGAAAAGCACUUUGAUGUUCACUAGACUGUGUUUUCUAUUCAUUUCUUUAAACUGAAAAAGCAAACUUUCAAUUUAACAGCAGCUUUUACUACACCUUACUAUUUAAUUACAUAUACACUGAGUUGAGACCAUUGUGCUAAAUGGAUUAAAAUGUAUAUGAAGAUAUGAUUUGAUGACAGUGGUAACAUUAUUCUAAACUAUUCAUUCAGCAUGCCUAUAAUUAUCUAAAAUUUCAAACUUUGUUGCCUGGGAUACAUUUAUCUUACUCAGUUCAUAUGUAUUUUACAUGGUAGCUGUCUAACAUCUUAUCUAGAAAGAUUUUGCAAACAGUACAAAGGAAAUGUUUAUGCUUCUCUUUUGAAUAGUCAUGUCUUGAACAGUAAUGUUUCAUCAUUUAAAGUUGAGUAUAUAAAAUCAGGUGUAUGAAAUAUAUUUGUGUGUGUACACAGUCUGAAAAUCUUCUGAUAAAAUAUGUGUUGCACCGAAGAUUUUGUGUUCUUAUUAAAACAUUUACCUUAACAUUUAAUAUAAUAAUACAUCUUGGUACAGUCUUUAUAGUUGUGUAAUUCCCUAUUGUGUACAGAAACUUUUU